AUGUGGAGGCCCGGAAUAGCACGUCCCAAUAUGUACAUCAAAACCAUAACGAUUCAGGGCUUCAAGUCCUAUCGAGAUCAAGUGGCUGUUGAUCCAUUCUCACCAGCACACAAUGUAGUGGUAGGACGAAAUGGAAGUGGAAAGUCGAAUUUCUUCUCAGCCAUCCGAUUCGUACUUUCCGAUCAGUAUACCAAGAUGAACAGGGAGGAAAGACAGCGCCUGCUGCAUGAAGGAACAUCUACCACUACUACUCUUUCAGCUUAUGUCGAGAUCGUCUUUGAUAACUCUGAUGGACGUUUCCCAACUGGUCGAUCAGAACUAGUUCUCCGACGAACGAUCGGUCUGAAGAAAGAUGAAUAUUCCUUGGACCGAAAGAGUGCAAGUAGGUCAGAGGUGGAUCAAUUACUGGAAGCUGCAGGGUUUUCCAAAUCGAAUCCCUACUAUAUCGUACCUCAAGGAAGAAUCACUCAUUUAACCAACAUGACGGAUAAAGAGCGAUUGAGAUUAUUGAAAGAUGUAGCGGGAACAGAAGUGUAUGAGCAGAAGAGAGCAGAAUCGACGAGAUUGAUGGAAGAGACGGAUACGAAAAGGGAUAAGAUUGCGGAGAUCUUAGUGACGAUCGAAGAUAGGUUGAAUGAGUUGGAUGAGGAAAAGCAAGAUCUGAAGGAUUAUCAGGAGAAAGAUAGGGAGAGAAGAUGUUUGGAAUAUGCCUUACAUCAGAGAGAUUUGGAGGAUGUUACGGUUGCUCUUGAUAAGGUCGAAGAGGAAAGAAGGGAAGAUAUUCAUAAUUCCAAUACUAAGAGGAAAGAGUUCAACGAGAAGGAGGAACAAGUUCAAAAAUACGAAGAAUCUCUCACAACUGCUAAACAUGCCUUAUCUACCACUCAACUUGCUCUCAGGCAGUACGAAGCGGAAAUGGCCGAUCUCGUCCGGGCUCGAACGGAGAUCGAGUGUGUCAUUGCUGAUUUCACUACAGCUGGAGAAGCGGGAGAGCAAAGAAGAGCUGAAGUCGCAGAAGAAUUGCGAUCUUUGGAAGAGAGGAUCGAAGAAGCGAGCGAAAGAUUGGAUGAACUCAUUGCAGAUGCUGAGAGAAGGAUAGCCGAGGAAAGACAAGCGAGGGAAACUCUUGAAACUACCCAAUCUAAACUUGCAGUUCUUUUCGCCAAGCAAGGUCGAGCUCAACAAUUCGCCACUAAAGCAGCUAGAGACCGAUACUUGCAAGGUGAAAUUCAGUCGCUCAGAGAUUAUGAGACCGACCAGCAAAGACGAGUAGAUUCCUUGAGAACCGAUGUGGAAAAUGCGAAAGAUCAACUCACAGAGGUCAUGGCUCGAUCUCGAGAACGAGGUAGACAAGAAGUUGAGAGAAGAGAAAAUUUGAGGAAGAUGGCUGAAGAAGUCACUACGCUGAGAGGUGAUUUGGACGGCAUGCAGGAAAGACGAAAGGAGUUAUGGCGAGAAGACGGCAAGCUUGGUCAAACUGUAUCUAACGCUAAGAGUGAGAUGGAUUCGGCUGAAAGGUCCAUUUUGGGGAUGAUGGAUAAGGACACAAGCAACGGGCUUCGAGCUGUCCGAACGAUUGCCAAGCGAUUGAAUUUUGAUGGUGUUUAUGGACCUCUAUAUGAACUUUUUGAGGUUUCAGAUAAAUACAAGACGGCGGUCGAAGUAACAGCGGGAAACAGUUUGUUUCAUGUCGUCGUUGAUAACGACGAUACCGUAACCAAACUGCUUGAAGUGAUGAACCGCGAGAAAAGUGGACGAGUCACCUUCAUGCCGCUCAACCGAUUGAAAAGCCAACAGGUAAUCUAUCCCAAGGCGAACGACGCUUUACCGAUGAUCCAGAAAAUUCAAUUCGAUAGACAGUAUAUCAUGGCAUUUGAGCAGGUAUUCGGUCGAACUAUCAUCUGCGAGGAUCUCCAAACAGCUGCUCAAUACACCCGAAGUCACAAUCUCAACGCGGUGACUAUCGAAGGUGAUCGAGUCGAUCGAAAAGGUGCUUUGACCGGUGGUUAUCACGAUGUCAGAAGAUCACGUCUAGAUGCAGUCAAAGCAGCUAAGAAAUGGCGAACUACCUACGAAACUGAUUCCGAACGACAUCGAGAAGUGAAAGAAGGUAUUGCCAAGCUUGAGCAGGAUAUCUCCAGAGCGAUGGGUCAAAUCCAGGUGUUAGAAGCUAAACGAAAACAAAGCGUGGAUGGUAGGAAUGUGUUAGCAACGCAACGAGAUUUGACGGCUCGUGAUGAGGAGGGUGCGAAGGAAAGAGUAAACAAAUUGGAACAGGCUUUAGAAGACGCCGAAGGUGAAUUGAGGGAUGCAAGAUCGAAGAGAGCAUCUUAUGAGGAAGAGUUGAGGACACCAAUGAGACAAAGAUUAACGGAUGAAGAGGUUACUCAAUUGGAGGAGUUGACUCAGGACGCCGAGGAACAGAAGAAAGCUUUGUUGGAAGCUACUCAGGCUAGGACUAAGGUCACCGGUGAACGAAAUAGACUCGAGAUCGAGUUGGCCGAGAGCUUACGAAGGAGACGAGAGGAACUCAGAGCGAGACUGGACCAGAUGGAAGGUGAUGCUGGAAGUGGUGUUCUGCAAGCUGGUGAAGUGGAAUUGAGAAAUGCGGAACUGAGAAAUCUCAUAAGAUCAAUCGAAGAUCUUAGUGAACAAGUGACAGAGAGCGAAAAUCGAAUCGAAGAACUUACAUCUGAGAUCGCAAAAUUGACGGAGAACCUUGAUAAAGUCCAGUCGGAGCAACUUGAAAAUACCCGUGCUAUCAUGAGAGUUCAGAAGAAUGCUGAGAGGUAUCUCACCAAGAGACAGACCUUGAUCAACAGAAGGGAGGAAUGUAAUAACAAGAUCAGAGAUUUGGGUGUAUUGCCAGAAGAGGCUUUCUCUAAGUACAUUGAUCAGAGUCCUAACAAGAUCGUCAAACGAUUACAUAAGGUCACCGAAGGAUUGAAGAAAUACGCCCACGUCAACAAGAAAGCCUUUGAGCAAUACAACAAUUUCACGAAACAGCGAGACGAACUUUUAGCUAGAAGAGAAGAAUUGGAUGAAUCUGCUGAAAAGAUAGAAGAACUCAUUGUUACACUUGAUCAACGUAAGGACGAAGCUAUCGAAAGGACUUUCAAGCAGGUCUCAAGGUAUUUCGAAGAAGUUUUUGAGAAAUUGGUUCCUGCUGGUAGAGGGGAGUUGGUCAUGCAGAAGAGGAUCGAAGGGUACAUCGACGAAGAAUCAGAGGAGUCUGGACCUGUUGGUCGAGAGAAGUCUGAGAUUGAUAAUUAUACUGGUGUAUCUAUCAGGGUCUCGUUCAACUCUAAAGCAGAUGAAGGACAACGUAUCCAGCAACUAUCAGGUGGACAAAAAUCGCUCGUCGCUCUCGCAUUGGUCUUUUCCAUCCAGAAAUGUGAUCCUGCGCCGUUCUAUCUUUUCGACGAGAUUGACGCAAACUUAGAUGCUCAAUAUAGGACUGCCGUUGCUAGUAUGAUCCAUGACUUGUCAUCAAAAGCUCAAUUCAUCACUACCACUUUCAAAUCUGAGAUGUUGGCUCAAGCGGAUAAGUUUUACGGUGUGAUAUUCGAUUCGCAGAAAGUCAGUAAUAUAGUGGUGAUCGAUAAGACGAGUGCGAGUGAUUUCGUAGAGACUUCGGCUCAAGUUGGGCAAAUUUAG